GGUAUAUAUAACUGCUGGUAGAAGGGGGAGGCCCCUGGCAGCCAAAAUGAAGCCUCUACAGGUCUCUGUGUCCUGCUUGCUCUCCCUGCUUGUCCUGGUCGCUGCAGACCUAGUGGUGGAGGCCUCCAGCCCCGAUGAGCUGCAUCUCCACGUGCCGCUCUCCUGUGACCUCUCCUGUGACUCCACAGAUGACCAUGGAGGACAAAUCUCCUCCAACGACACCCCGGCCCCAGGCUCCGUGUGUCAGUCCUGUAACCCCCCUCGAAGCCUUGCUACACCGGCCGAAGAGGAGCCCCUAGCCUCCACAGAGGAGGUCCCCAUGGAGAGGUUGGCUAGCGAAGAGGAGCCCCUAGCCUCCACAGAGGAGGUCCCCAUGGAGAGGUUGGCUAGCGAAGAGGAGCCCCUAGCCUCCACAGAGGAGGUCCCCAUGGAGAGGUUGGCGAGCGAGGAGGAGGAGUCUGCAUCUGAGGAGGUGGUAGCUGAGGGGGAAUCUGUGGAGUCUGCAGAGACUUCAGAGGAGGUCCAAGCAUCAGAGGAGAGGGUGGAGGAAGCUGCCUCGUCUGAGGAGGAAGAACUGGAGGAAGCUGCCUCGUCUGAAGAAGAAGUAGUGGAGGAAGCUGCCUCGUCUGAAGAAGAAGUAGUGGAGGAAGCUCCCUCGUCUGAAGAAGAGGUUAUAGAGGAGGUUGAGGCAGAACAUGAAGCUGAGGAAGAAGAGGUUGUAGAGGAAGAGGAAGCAGUUAAGGAAGCUGUGGCCAUGGAGGAGGAAGUGGAUGUAGUUGAAGAGGAAGUAGAGGAAACAAUAGAAGAACUUGCAGUAGAGGAACCUGUUGUUGAGGAGGUAACGACUGAGGAGGUUGCCAAGGAGGAGGCAGUAGAGGAGGCAGUAGAGGAGGCAGUAGAGGGGGCAGUAGAGGAGGCAGUAGAGGAGGCAGUAGAGGAGACAGUAGAGGAGUCAGUAGAGGAGGCAGUAGAGGAAGAAGUAGUAUUAGUGGCUGAACCUGUGGUGGAACCCAAGCUGGUUGAAUCCGAGCCAGAACCUGCGGUGGAACCUGAAGUGGUUGAACCCGAGCCAGAGGCGGUGGUCAAGGAGGUGGCUCCAGAACCAGAGCCUGUUGUAGAGGAAUCUGCUCCGGAACCCACUCCGGAACCUGCGGAAGCCGCUCCAGAACCUGUAGAAGCAGUGGGUGAGGAGGCAGCAAAGCUCAGAGACUGCUCCCACAUCGAUGAGAUGCUCCGAUUGGUUUCUGCUGAAUCCUCGCCUGAGUUCUCUGCUGCUAUGAAGAAGCUGCAGCACAUCUACCACUCAGCCAUCAAGCCCAUGGAGACGGCCUACAAGUACAACGAGCUCAGAGCUCACGAGGUCACAGAUGGAGAGAUCACCUCCAAGCCCAUGGUACUGUUCCUGGGACCCUGGUCUGUAGGCAAAUCCUCCAUGAUCAACUACCUGCUGGGCGUGCACGGUACCCCACAACAACUUUACACAGGUGCUGAGCCCACUACAUCUGAGUACACAGUGGUGAUGCACGGUGACAAGUUCCGCUCGGUGGAGGGCAUCGUGAUGGCAGCUGACAGCUCCAGGUCCUUCUCCCCUCUGGAGAAGUUUGGCCAGGGGUUCCUGGAGAGGCUGGUGGGGAUUGAGAUGCCCCAUAAACUGCUGGAGAGAGUCACCCUGGUGGACACGCCUGGGAUUAUUGAGAACCGCAAGCAGCAGGAGAGAGGCUACCCCUAUAGCGAGGUGUGUCAGUGGUUCAUUGACCGUGCUGACCUCAUCUUCCUGAUGUUUGACCCCACCAAGUUGGACGUGGGCGGGGAGCUGGCGACACUGUUCAAACAGAUGAAGGGCCGAGAGUCCCAGAUCCGCAUCAUCCUGAACAAGGCAGACAGCCUGUCCUCCCAGGACCUGAUGCGUGUCUACGGCGCCCUGUUUUGGUCCAUGGCUCCUCUCAUCAACGCCACAGAGCCUCCCCGGGUCUACGUCAGCUCCUUCUGGCCCACAGAAUACGCAGCCGACACCAGCCGAGAGCUCUUCAUACGGGAGGAGAUCUCACUGCUCGAAGACCUCAACCAGGUCAUUGAGAACCAGCUGGAGAACAAGAUAGCCUUCAUCCGCCAGCACGCCAUCCGGGUCAGGAUCCACGCCCUGCUGGUAGAUCGUUACCUCCAUACAUACCACGAGAAGCUGGGCUGGUUCAGCGACCCCGACGAGGUGUUCAGGGACAUCGUCUCAGACCCUGACAAGUUCUACAUCUUCAAGUCCAUCCUGGCCAAGACCAAUGUGAGCAAGUUCGACCUGCCAGACAAAGAGGCCUACCAGGACUUCUUUGGCAUCAACCCUCCAUCAGGCUUUAAGCAGCUGUCCUCCCUCUGUUCCUGGUCGUCAGGCUGUCUGAUUGACAAGAUAGAGAAAGCUAUCACUGUGGAGCUCCCUGCCCUACUGAUUAGCCUGGGAAAGAAAGACAGUCCACCCCCAGCCAAGGCCGCCCCAGCCGCUCCACCCCCACUUCCUGAGGCAAAACCCAAGAACCGCUGGCGAAAGGAUUGAGGAGGAGAGAUGAAGAGAGGGAUGAAUGGAGAGAAGAGGACGGGGAGCAAAGGAAGGAAGACAAAAAGGAGGGAGGCCGAAGCCAGAGGCUGUACUGGGGUGACUGGACACGGGGAAGAGAGGAGAGAGGGAUGGGGUGGAGGAUAGGAAAUAUGUACAGGAAAAAGGGGGAUUGAAGCCACAUGAGGCAAAUGGGAACCUUGCAGGCCCAUUAGAAGUAAUCCAACAAGAAAAAAACCGGAAACAAGUUUUUUAACUAUUUAAAUCAGAGACUCUUAUCUUCCUAAGUGUUAUUAUUUAACUCCAAACGAAAACAGGGAAAUAUAAACAAGAGUUUGUUUUAUUUCUGUUUGUUUGCCAGUUUGUUUAUUUUAUUUAUUCAAGUUUUUCUCUUCUUCUUCUUCCGUAGACAAGAAGGAAAAAUACCAGCGAUCAGUUACAGCAUAAUAUCCUAUUCUAUUGUCUUUAUUGUCAUUUCAAAAGGGUCUGGAUUUCUGUGCUCCUUACCAGCAGUCAGUUACAGCAUUCUUCUAUGGUAUUGUAUUGUAUUUUAUUGUCAUUUCUAAACGACAGCUUAUCUUCGUUGUCAGUGCAGUAUGUCAUUGCUGUGUAAGAACGCAUUUGUACAUUGAUGCCAGUUAAAUGGGCCGUAGCCUUCUCUUCCUGUUGUUAUGGCUUUGCCUCAAUAUGCUGCAUGUCAAAGUCGCAUUAAAGUUGUAUUUUAUCCUUGUA